CGCUUGCCGUAAAUACAGGAAGUGGGACCAAAACAAAGGAGCGCCGGCUGAGAGCGGACCUGCUUGGGCCGGUGUCCCUGCUGCCAUCACCCGGGCCCCACUCCACGGAAGCCGCACGACCAUGUCCAACAUGGAGAAGCACCUAUUCAACCUGAAGUUCGCGGCCAAAGAACUGAACAGAAGUGCCAAAAAGUGCGACAAGGAGGAAAAGGCCGAAAAGGCCAAAAUUAAAAAGGCCAUUCAGAAGGGCAACAUGGAAGUUGCAAGGAUACACGCCGAAAAUGCCAUCCGCCAGAAGAACCAAGGGGUGAAUUUCUUGAGAAUGAGUGCGCGGGUGGAUGCGGUGGCUGCCAGAGUCCAGACCGCGGUGACGAUGGGCAAAGUGACCAAGUCCAUGGCCGGCGUGGUUAAGUCGAUGGAUGUGACGUUGAAGACCAUGAAUCUGGAAAAGAUCUCUGCUUUGAUGGACAAGUUCGAGCACCAGUUUGAGACCCUGGAUGUCCAGACGCAGCAAAUGGAAGACACGAUGAGCAGUACGACGACCCUGACCACUCCCCAGAACCAAGUGGAUAUGCUACUCCAGGAAAUGGCAGAUGAGGCGGGCCUCGACCUCAACUUGGAGCUGCCUCAGGGCCAGACCGGUUCAGUGGGAACGCGCGUGGCUUCGGCUGAGCAGGAUGAACUGUCCCAGAGACUGGCCCGCCUUCGUGAUCAAGUCUGACUGCAGAACCAGCCGGAGGUUUCCUUUCAGCGCCCUCUCUGUUUUAGAGAGGUGCCCUAGAAUUGUGCCAGAAUACCGAACACUCUUCAAAAAAACACUUUGGGUUUACAGCACUCCCCAGAUAGGAUAAGAAAUUCCAGCGUUCCUUCACUUCCAACUGGAUUUUAAAGUUCUUUUUAGCUUAUGAUGAUGUGUAUUUUUUAUAACUGCCUUUUAACGGAACCUAUUAAUUUGCCCUCUAUGAAUCUAGAAAAAUCGGCAGGACUUUAGCUCUCAUAUAUUCCGUUUUCACUUAGAAUUAUCAGAUUGAAGUUUAGUGUGGCUGAUGAUACAUAGAGUGACAAGUGGUACAAAAAACUAAAUGAGGAAUGGGUACUUAGUUUAUUUACAAAUUGUAAACAUUUUGUUCAACUUAUUCAGUGGAAAAUAUUCUUUCUGUAUGUCAUUUGGUUUUCUUUGCUUUUGCUAUCAAAGAAAGGCUAAUUGAUGAUUAAUUUAUUCUCAUAACUUAUACUAAAGUUACUUUAGAAAGUUGUUGCAAUUGUAGUUUUGUAACUGGGAAAAAUGCCACAUAAUUUAUUAUCAGGAAAAGUUAAAUUUGUUUGUUUAUAUUCAUUUAUCAAGAAUUGUUAAGGCUUAAGAUUUUAUAAUUUCUAGUUGUUUUCUAAUAAAAGUCAACCCUUUAUAGACUUCUGAUCAAAAUAAUGUUCAUCAACAUGGCAGUCUUAUUACAUGCCUAACAUUGCCAAAGAACUGCUGAUUUGGUCCUGGUAAAUCCUGGGACUGUGUAAUUAUAAGUUUUGUUUUUAUUUACUAACCAAAAAUAUAAAUAAAAUUGGAACAGUAUUUUUAAGUUCUAA